GCGGCGUGCGGCGUGGGGCCAUGGCGGGCGGUGCCAUGGCGGGCGGUGCGGAGUCGUUCCGCGCUCUGCUCCGCGCCGCCAACGCGCUCCUGCAGAAGCGCCGCUACCAUGCCGCGCUCGCCGUCAUCAAGGGCUUCCGCAACGGCGCUGUUUAUGGAGCCAAAAUCCGUGCCCCGCACGCUCUGGUGAUGACUUUCCUGUUCAAGAAUGGAAGUUUAAGGGAAAAACUGAAAUCCAUUGCCCAGGCUACGUACGCUCAUUCCCGGAACUUGGCGUAUUUUGUGUUCACCUACAAGGGGCUCCUGGCAGCGCAGUCCCGGCUGCAGGGGAAAAAAAUCCCAUUUCAUUCUUUCCUUGCAGCCUGCAUUGGGGGCUGGCUGGUGUUUGGUGACAACAAUCCCAUCAACAGCCAGAUCAUCAUGUACCUGCUGUCCCGGAUCCUGUUCGGUUUGUCUCGGCUGGCUGUGGAAAAGGGCUACAUCCCACAGCCCAAGCAGGAUCCCUUCCCUCUCGUGGCUGCCCUGGUGUGGGGAACAGUCCUGUGGCUCUUUGAAUACCACAAGGAGACUCUGCAGCCCUCCCUGCAGUCCUCCAUGACCUACCUGUACGAGGACAGUGAGGUGUGGCACGACCUGUCUGACUUCCUCAUUUACAACAAAAGGACAGACAGCAAGUAGGUGCUUCACUGUCAAAUGCCUUGGAAUGGGAUGGGACCCCCCAGCAGCUGAGGGAAAAGGUUAUUCUGUUGCUCUUGACCUGUGAUUUUUUUUUUAAUUAACAUUUAUCAAGCAGAGUUGGCUGUUGUCUCCUGGCCAGAAUGUUCUGCUCAGUCUUUUGGCUCCUUUUUUGAACAGCAUGCACCCCAAAGAAACUUGUUGCAGUCUUUUUUAAGAGGCCUUAUUUUCCCUACAAGUGUGGCAUUGGGGUUUGCUUUUUAAAAACUAAAUAUAUUUAUAAAAUGACAGCCUGACACUAAGCGGAGAGUAUGAAAACAUCUUCUAGAGCUCAUCUGAAUGUUCACAAGUGGUUUUUUCUGUGCUGCUGUGCUCACCGUGGUGUGUUCGAGGAGCGAAGGGAGUGGGGAACCUGCUGAGCUCUGAAAGCAGGGCCGUCAUUUCUUGAUUGCUGUGGAUGGCUGGAAAUCCUGUUUAAACUAUUACAAGGACAGUUGUGUGCUCCUUGAGAGAGUUCCUCGAGAGUUUUCCCUCAGGGAGACAAUAAAAUAUGUGAGAAUAAAACUGUUAAGAUUGUCUUGCACAAGCCUGGUAAAUCAGGCUUGGAAAGACCAUUUUUGCUUUGGCAUUUUGGGCUGAAUCUGUGCCUCUGCAAAGUGCACUACUGAAUACUCUGUAAUUCUUUUAAACUUGUUUGUAAAGCUCUUUAAAGGUACUUGAACUUAAUACCAAAAACAGUUACACAACUUGGGCUCCUCCACAGCCAGGCCUUGGAUCUCAUGCUGGGGACUUUGUGUGUCCGAGGGAGCAACAUUUAACAAGCACUUUUAUUUUGGUGGAACAUGGAAAGGGUUUCUCUGAGGUCCAGAAUCUGCCCUUCACACCAGUGGCACGUGUUGGCUGUAACCAGAUUUGAAUCCGAUUUUGUACCUGCGGUUUGUGCAGGCUCGUUGCUGAGCCAGGCUGAGGCCAUGAAUUAAUUUAUUAAUUAUCUUCCUCUCAAAAACUGAGCUGAGCCCCAGCAUAGGGCAGCACACACUGGGCUGUGGCAGAAGAUUGACUAGAUAGCUGAGAAAGCACAAAAACUGGUUUAAUUAAUCAAUUAAUGAACUCACACUCAAUAAUGCAAGGUACAGGGCCAUAUAACACUACACAGUUCACUCAAUGAUGUGCAUUGAAAUAAUUCCUGGUACACUGGUUUGAUGGGGUGAUAUUUCCAAGAGAAUCAUUAAGUUCCCUGUUCCCUUUUGGCUCUGUUGGGACUAUUUGUUCACUUUCCCUGUAUCCACCUGCUUUUUCCUGACCUGCCCAUGUCAUUGCAUAAUCCUGCUGAUGCUCCCUUCAUCUUCUUUUGAGCUUUCUUUACCCUCCAGGCUCUGGCAAUUUCUCCUAUUCAGUGGUACAGCUGGAACAGUACAUUUAACUUCAGGGAGCUUCUGAGUAGAAAAAAAUUCUGAAUUUCUUCUUAAGUCAUUUUUCCUUGUCCUCCUAAACUCCUUUAUUGCUGUUGCACAUAAUCAGAGUGCUUCUCUGCUCUUUAUUUUUCCACUUUUCUUUGUCCAUGUGAAUCCAUGAUGUACAUGGUGCCCAAAAACCAAGACAGUUCUUUGUCAUAAUAACUCUCUAUGAUCCCUUUAACUUCUAAUUUCAUUGCUAACUUCUAAUUAACUGCUAUUACAGUCUGGACUGAAUAAUUGAAUUGGAACAUCCAUCAGUAUUUAAUCAGACCCCAGGAAAGCUGAAAAAUUAGGAAUUGGGUUUGUUUCUUCCAGUUAAAUAUUUUUCUCUGUAUAGAUAAGCAUAAAGAUUCAAUACAGAAAAACUGCUGAAGCUACAGGUGAGAUCUGAUUCCUUUAUAAACAUCUUUAUUUCCACCACUGCUGGGUAUUUGAAGCAUCACAAUUUUUCUGUCAGAAGCCUCAAUAUUGUUCCAAAUAAGAGCACUGGUAUUCUGCUAAUAUUGCUGAAUUCCUACAAGCUUUGAUGGGAUUUCAGAAAAUCCUUCCACAAGCUGACAUCUGUAGCUUGGGAAUUGCUCCCUAAAACUAUUAAACUCAGAAAUCCUUGACCAUGUGUAAUUACUGCAGCGAAGGAUGCUGUGGGCUGGUUCUGUGAGCUGGGUGUCUGUGAGAAGGUUUUGAUCUGUUUAAUUUGUAGCUGGCAUUUCUUUCUCUGAUAAAGCCUUGUGAUUCCCUUAGAUGUGCAAUAAUUUUCCUUUGCUGGGGAUUGUACUGCUGUGGCUGCUGGUGAAGCACUUCUGUGUCCAUGAGAAAGACAAGUGCCCUUUCCUGACCUUUUCACACUGCUCUCUGUCCUCUCUAGAAAAUAAAUCCCAGCCAAAAACCAGUGUCUGGAAUCAGCCUGGCGGCAGUGACCACGACUUAUCCUUGGUUCAAAACGCCCUUUUUCUCUUGGGAAUCUCUCACUUUCUAAGGAAACCCUGCCCAUGCCUCCAACCAUCUGCAGUUGAGCUCCAGGAGGCAGCUGCCAUCCCUGGAAGCUGCAGCUCCUCCCGGGAGCACAGCCUUUGGGACUUUGCUGACGGUUGGUUUUCCCACUGUGCUGGGCCAGGACGUUAAGCUGCAAGUCACUGCUUUCCCCAGGGAAGUAAUUGGGACAGUUCCUUAAUGACAUCAGCCCCCAUGGCUGUUCCUGGGACCAGAUAGCUGGGGAUGAGCCCCUUCUGCUGCCAAGGUGUUGGAACAAUGCAGGCGUGUAGUAGGGAAGUGAACUAGAAGUAAUUUGUCUGAGUCAGACUUUUGGGAUCCGUAAGUGACACUCCCUGCCCUCCCCCAGGGCAUUGUGUGGGGAAUUGAGUGCCCUGUUUGGGUUCCUUUUUUAUUAGCAUUAAAAGCAAAAGAAAUAAAGAGACAGUUGGGAAGCCACCUGCAAAUCGGCCAAGUGCUUAAGAAUCACAAAGAAGGGCCAUUUUCUCCCCCGCAGCCCCGACUGGUUUUGAAUUUUAAGAUGAACAUGGGGUUGUUUGUCUACAGCAACUUUAUUUUCCCUUGUUAUUUCUCCCUUGACACCUGACUGAUGCUGAGUGUCUAAAGAGGAGCAGAGUGUCUCAGUCUUAGCUCAGUUUGUCAAAAGAGAGGAUCACUGGAUAAAAUUGAGGUGUUUAAAAUGAUGCUUCUCCCUCAGAUUUUAAGCCUCUCUUAGAGGCAGUUUUAAAGGUUAAUGAAUCAAACUGAUCAAAAGUUUUCAGCAAUUCUGAGCUUUUCAAGCAGCCUGACUAUCCUGGGCUAUUAAUCAUUUAUUUUAUGAAGGAACAAAGCAGGCUCAGGGUUAUUUACUGCCGCUGCCUGCUGCCCUGGCAUACCCACUGUGCUUCCCUUCCCUUUGGAGGACAGCUUGUGUGCUGGGGCUGGCUCUGGGGAUGGCUGGAGAACCCUUUCCGGGACAAUUGCAUUAUUUAACAAAGGUGAAAAUUAGACAGCUGCCUGACAUUUGGGUUAGAGGAGGUUUUCUGUGCCGUGUUGGAUGCUGGCAGUGAAGGA